AUGGAGCGCAUUGGCGAGUUUGUCGUCCUAUCGUACCACGACGUGCGCGAUGCCGCCACACUGCACGAGCAGUUUAAGCGGCGUGCCAUUGACGCAGCCGUGAUCGACUCGGCGUACAUCAUGUCGCGGCUUCACCUGGUGGUCGCGCUGCACCGCAUCACGCGCCUGUCGUUCGCCAUUGACGCGAAUGGCGAGACAGCAGCAGCAGCAACUGCCGCAAAACGGUCGCCGCCGACCCCCCGCGACGUCUUCUCGGCGCUCUCGCACACGCGCAACCUUGACCGCGUGCUGCAGCGCCUCACCUGCGCGGAGACGACGAAGGCCGUCGUGAUUGUUCUGAUCGCCCCGUCAGCCGAACACAUCGCGGCUGUUGUGGAAAUCGUCAAGGGUGUGCAGCACGAGUUGUCGUCACUCGCGGCGUACUGCGAUGAGGCGGCAGUGCGGGACUUCUACGGCGUUGGAAGCACCGAGGCGGCGGCGCUCGAUGUGGCCGUUGUGAACCGCCUCGUCACGAGCGAUAUUUGA